AUGGGAUCCACCACCGAUGGUACAGUAGACGAGAAAAGUAGUGUACUUUAUAGUGAACGGUUUCACGUGGAACCACGAAACACACUGGUGAUGAAGCUGCGGGCGGAAUUAUCCCGGGUGACGACGCUCGAUGGGCAGGUGGUCAAGGUUGAUAGGUGCCGCCAUGGACGCACGCCACUGGGCCAUGCGCAUGGUACGCCUAGUAGGAUUAUUGGCGAGAUCGAGAGCACCUUGAUGCUAGAUAGCCGUGCGCUCGCUACCGUCGAGGGCCAAUGCGUCUUAAGGGCAGCAACGAGGGUUGCAUCAAGGAAGUAUGAUGGGACGGUGUUGGUGUCCGCAAAGUAG